CGGCGUUAAGUAACGAGAGGGGGAGACAGACUCGAGCGGAGAACGGCCGUCGUACUGCCGGAGCAUCUCAGGGACUAUUAACAGGGAGUGCAGUCGACGACUGAGCUAAGAGCUGGGGGUAUGAGAGCCACCAGAAUCCGCUUCCAUCCUCCACUACCCGGGCUCUUGUCCGACUGACAACCAUCGGAUCAGAACCUUCACCAACCCAGCUCUCGGACGAACCUAAUAUCGGUGACAAGUUGGAAGCAUGGAGCUGAGAGUUGGGAACAAGUACCGGCUCGGGCGAAAGAUAGGGAGUGGUUCUUUUGGAGACAUUUACCUCGGUGCCAACAUCGCCACUGGUGAGGAGGUAGCCAUCAAGCUGGAAUGUGUGAAGACCAAACACCCACAGCUGCACAUUGAAAGCAAGUUCUACAAGAUGAUGCAAGGAGGAGUGGGCAUUCCAUCUAUAAAGUGGUGUGGCGCAGAGGGAGACUACAACGUGAUGGUGAUGGAGCUGCUCGGCCCUAGUCUGGAGGACCUCUUCAAUUUUUGCUCCCGCAAAUUCAGCCUAAAGACUGUCCUGCUUUUGGCUGACCAGAUGAUAAGUCGCAUUGAGUACAUCCAUUCCAAGAACUUCAUCCAUCGAGAUGUAAAGCCUGACAACUUCCUGAUGGGACUCGGCAAGAAAGGCAACUUGGUGUACAUCAUUGACUUUGGGCUGGCCAAGAAGUACCGUGAUGCCCGCACACACCAGCACAUUCCUUACCGGGAGAACAAGAACCUGACGGGCACAGCGCGCUACGCCUCCAUCAACACACAUCUUGGGAUCGAGCAGUCCAGACGUGAUGACCUGGAGUCUCUUGGCUACGUCCUCAUGUACUUCAACCUGGGGUCACUCCCGUGGCAGGGCCUCAAGGCUGCCACAAAGAGACAGAAAUAUGAACGGAUCAGCGAGAAGAAAAUGUCCACACCCAUUGAAGUUCUUUGCAAAGGAUACCCAUCUGAGUUCUCCACAUACCUGAACUUUUGCCGCUCACUCCGUUUUGAUGACAAACCAGACUACUCCUACCUUCGACAGCUCUUCAGGAAUCUGUUCCACCGACAGGGCUUCUCUUACGAUUAUGUCUUUGACUGGAACAUGCUCAAAUUUGGUGCCAGUCGGACAGCUGAGGAUGGGGAUAGGGAGAGGAGGACUGCGGAUGAGAGAGAUGAGCGGAUCGGAGGAGUCCCUAGGGGGUCUGCAUCGCGAGGCCUCCCUCCAGGUCCAAAUCCUGGAGCUCCCAACAGAGUCAGGAACGGCCCUGAGCAAGCCAUUUCUAACCCUCGGGUCCAGCAGUCUGGUAACACGUCACCACGUGCAAUUUCUCGUGCAGAGCGAGAGAGGAAGGUGAGCAUGCGGCUCCACCGUGGUGCUCCUGCCAACGUAUCAUCCUCUGACCUCACAGCCCGCCACGACCAAUCGAGAAUUUCUACGUCACAGGUCAGCGUGCCAUUUGAGCACAUGGGAAAAUAGAAUUUUCCAGCUCUGCAUGCAAGUAAAACUGACAGGGCUUCAAGGUAUAGUUGUUGCUACAGUUUAUUUUCCUUCAUUCUUACUUUGUUCUAAGAAAAGAUGAUUGCAAAUGGACACAUGGGUCUUUGGAAAAGGACUGUAACUCUUUCAGGAUCCAGGAAAAUACACGAAGGUAUCCAGCAAUUUUUAUUUUUUUUACUUUUUUUUUCUGCUUCUUCCUUCCUUCUCCAUGAACUUUCUUUACUGAACCCUGGAUUAUCACUACCACAAUACAAAUGACAAAGCUGCACCUUGACAGUUGCUCAUACCUGCCCUCCUCUUCCUCAAAACAUUCCCUCAGCAUUCUGAAAAAUGUGAAGAACUGUUGGCAUCAAAGGAGCAGAAGGGUAUCCGGGAUAUGCAUGUGUUUAAUCAAAGGUUGAUUAUAAGCUGACAUUAUUUUCCCCCCAAAAAUUUAUUUUUCAAUUUAGACACAGCAAAAACAUCUUUUGAUUUUCAUAAUGACAUUGGAGUACUUUCCUGUUCUUAAAGGGGGCCUCUUAUGCUCAUUUCCUGCUCCAUAUUUGAAUUCUUUGAGCCUACUAAUAGAAGUAGCUUUGCAUGAUUCACAGUUUAUAAUAAUCCAUGUUUGUCUUACACUGGGUCUUGCAGCCUCUUUGUUCAUCUCUUCCUGGAACGGCUUCCCCCUCUAAGUCAACUUUUCUGUUUCUGCCAAACAUAACAACUUUAUUAGGAUAUCCCAUCUCUAUGACAUCACAAAGAGCCAAGACUAGAGAGAAACUGUCUGAAAUUGGGCAUUCAGAGCAGUCUGAAGCCAAAACAUUUAGCUCAUGGAUUACUUAUACAGGGAAACUACAUACAGACUAUGGAAGAAAAUGAAGCAUAAUAGGUCCCCUUUACUGUUUGUUUUUAAUAACCUCUUAAAUAAAUAUAAAUAAAUGGAGACAUGUAGGUCAGGUGAUAGAAGGCAAAAUGAAGAGUAACUUUGAAAAAGGAAUAGUAAGUGAUGUUUUUAGCUGCUGUAAUGUUUCUGGUGAAGUAGCAUUUGGUGAUUGCUUGUCCUUCAUCCCUUUUGUGAUUACUUGCUGCCCCUCAAAACGUAGCCAUGGAAGUCUUCGCCACCCCUUACUUGCCUGUUUUGAAUCUUUUUUUCUCUUAAAAAUGUUAGUGGAAAUGGUAAAGAAUGACGGUAGAUGACAAAAAAAUAAAGACAGAACUCUGAAGUCUUGAGGGAAGCUCCUCAGGAAAUUUUCAGCAAACUGAUUAUAUUCGACCAGAGACCACAGCUGCCCACUUUGGCUAACAAAAAGUGGCUGCAAUUUUUAUGAUAGUUCUUAACAUUACCUUUUUUUAUUCUUUUAUUAUUGAAGGUAAUAGGGGGUACUGGGCAGGCUCCUUCAACAUUUGGGAUCACAUUUCAGGGUGCGGUCUGGGAGGGGGGGCAUCCAGUAAUAUACUAUAACUAUACUUUUUUUUUUUUUUUUUUUCCCCCACACCCAAGUUUGUUUACUC